AUGAAGCUUUUCUUUUUUUUGAGGAUUUAUGAAGGCUUCAGUUUCUUGGUUUAAAUGCUGGCUAGUGUAUUUAAAGACCUCAAAUACUUCUUGAUAUUCUUUAUCAUUUUCAUUAUUCAGUUUGGGAUAAUUUUCUUAGUCCUUUUUAAGGCUUAGGAUAUUGAUGAAUACAAUGGCAUGAACAAAUUGGCUUAUUUUCUAAUGGCCUUUAGAAUUUCAUCUGGUGAUUUCCAACUUGAUGAUUUCCAUAGUUAAGAAAAUGGUUUAGUGAUACUUACAUGGCUGAUCUGGUUAAUUGCAGUCAUGACUUUAUAUAUCGUUUUCAUGAACUUCAUUAUUGCUGUUAUUUCUGAAUCCUAUGAAAGAGUGAUGCAGAAAUUAGUUGCAGAAUCCUAUAGAGUCAAAGCUAACAUGAUUGUCGAAAGGGAACGAUUUUUCACAAAAGAUGAUUUGGAAAACACAAAAUAUUUCCCAAGUUAUAUUGUUGUUCGAAGACCAUUAAAUGCAGUGAUUAAGGAAGAUGGGGAGUGGCAAGGAUUUAUUAAAGACCUGAAGUACACAAUAAGAACAACAGCGGUAAAAUCAAAGGCAGAUAUUAUUCAAAAUUCUCACUUGAUUAAUCGGGAACUGGAUGAAAAAAUGAAUAGAUUGAACUAGGAAAAUAGCAAGAAAUUAGAUGAUCAAAUAAAAGGAUUUGAAACUAAAUUUGUUGGACUUGAUACUAAAGUUGAUGGUCUUGAUACUAAAGUUGUUGGACUUGAUACUAAAGUUGAUGGACUUAAUACUAAUGUUCUUAAAAUUCAAGAUGAUAUGGAAUUCUUAAAGACCUCCUUAACCUAAUUCAUUCAAAAUUACAAAUCAGUAACCAAGAACUUAAUUUUGAAACAAUAAAGAAUUUCAUACUCAUAGUUUUCAAUAUUUACUUAUGUAAAUUGA